UCUGGCCAUGGCGUCUCGACCAUCCAGGAAAGCAACAAGGAUACGAUAGAGAACCUGAAAAAUGGAAGCAGAGGAAGUGGCGUGUAGAAGCGGAACUCCUCAUCUUUUUUCAUUGAAUGCCUGUCUCCAUCGACGAAUAGCAAAACUUUGGCCUGAAUAAACCAGCAGCACUUCAGCAGUCCAUUUCAUCUGGUGAUUCCCGAACCAAUUCAUCGGUAUGAUGAAGAAGAUACAUUCUUUCUUUCUGGGUAGUACUUUUCUCCCUCGCCUCCUCCUUCUCAACCUUUUGCUGCCUCGUCUUUGCAUUGAGUGCCUCCAAUAUCCGGUCUUUGAUGGUGACGACGAGUAUCCUGCCUCCCUCCUCAAUCGGAGUAGCUUUCCUCCUGGUUUUAUAUUCGGUGCUUCUUCUAGCGCUUACCAAUAUGAAGGGGCAACAUUUACGGAUGGCAGAGGACUAAGCAACUGGGAUGUUUUCGUCAAACAGCAACCAGAAAAGAUUGUGGAUCAUACUACGGGGGAUGUAGCUGAAGAAUUCUACUACCGUUUUAAGGAGGACGUCAGGCUGAUGAAGGAAAUUGGUCUGGAUGCCUUUCGAUUCUCUAUUGCAUGGUCGCGUGUAUUGCCUCAGGGGAGAAUCGGUUUGGGGAUCAACCAAAAAGGUGUUGAUUUCUACAACAGCCUCAUUGAUGAGCUUCUGCUGAAUGGGAUAGAGCCCCAAGCAACCUUGAUGCAUUGGGAUCUUCCACAUUCUCUUGAAGAUGAGUAUGGUGGAUUCCUCAGCUCGAAGAUCGUGGAUGAUUUUCGGGACUAUGCGGAUUUUUGCUUCAAAGAAUUUGGUGAUAGAGUGAAGAACUGGAUCACUGUGAAUGAACCGAAUUCGAUUACUAUUAAGGGAUAUGACCAAGGCAUUAAUUCGCCAGGUCGAUGUUCUAGCUAUAUGGGUAAUUGCACAGGUGGGAACUCUGCUACGGAGCCGUACAUUGCCAUGCACAACAUCCUUCUUUGUCAUGCAGCUGCUGCAAAUGUGUACAGAAACAAGUAUAAGGCUUCUCAAAAUGGAAUGGUUGGUAUAACAAUUUCGACCAGAUGGUAUGUCCCCAAAUACCCAACGAAGGCAUGCAAAGAAGCUGCCUCCAGAGCUCUGGACUUCGGUUUUGCAUGGAUAGCUCGUCCGGUGGUAUAUGGUGAGUAUCCCGAAUCAAUGACAGCUCUGGUUGGAGAUAGGCUGCCCAAAUUCACAAAAGAGCAAAAGCAGAUGCUUGAAGGGUCUAUUGAUUUCCUUGGAGUGAAUUACUACUCAGCAUAUUAUGCAGAAGAUGCCUCAUCCUCGAGCAUCAAUCCAAGUUACACGACAGAUAGUCGAGUCAAUAUAACGAUGCACAAAAAUGGAGUUCCCAUUGGUCAGCCGACUGCUUGUGACUGGCUCUAUAUUUAUCCGGAAGGAAUACUUGAAAUUUUGGUAUAUGUGAAGGAAGAGUACAAUGUCCCAGUCUUCCUGACUGAAAAUGGGGUGGCUGAUCUAAGUAACAACUCAUUGCCUCUCAAUGAUGCACUGAAUGAUGAGUUGAGGAUCAAAUUCCACUACCUUCAUCUCAAAUACCUACUAGAAUCUGUCAGGGCUGGAGUUGACAUAAGAGGGUACAGUUUGUGGUCAUUACUUGAUAAUUUCGAGUGGGAGCUUGGCUACACAGUGCGUUUCGGAAUCACGUUCGUCGACUUUCACGACAAUUUGAAGAGAUAUCCUAAACGCUCUGCCUUUUGGUUCAGAAAUUUCCUGCAGAAGCAGAGUGCAGCAUCUGCUGCAACUUCGUCGCUCUACUCUACUCAUUAAAUUGCUCUUUGCCAUUCCAUAAUCCAUACACAAUCAUAGACAUCAGUAAUCAUAUUGUCAAUGGCGGAGGUGUGUCCUUUUUUAAGAAUAUAAUAUAUAAAUUAAUUCAAAUGGGGAUUAUACUUACAAUGUAAUAAAUAAAUUUAUGACUAUCAAAUUACAGUAAGUGAGUUCUAGUACAGUGACAAAAUACUUUUACGUCAUAUUGAUGAAUUCAAUCCUUUUCAUAUGCACAGAUAGGAAUUUAUUAUCAAUCCUUUUCAUUUGCACAGAUAGGAAUUUAUUAUCGUUUCAUCAAAACAUACCUGUGUCCAAUGACAGAGCCCAGCCCGUCUAGCGCUGCCACUGCAUGUUGUGCAUUAAUAUCUUAAAAUGCUGCUGGCCAUCAUUCUGGAGAUUCUGAGUUAAUUGCAUUCAAUGGCCUUGAGCAGUGAUUGUGCAUCUAGAAAGAUAUGGUAAAAUUGAUUGCAACAGUCUGCUACGAUACAAGGCAACUGAAAAAAACUAACAAAAGGGCAAAAUUGAUUCCAACAGUAAACACAACUAAACUACGAGUGAUAACAUGAUGGAAUUGUACUAUUUUUUAACUUCCUUCUCCUGUUUGCCGGUAAAGCACACAUAAACCAACAUCUUUCAAGGCCGAAUAUCGAUACAACUCAGACAAUGGCGUUGGCUGCACUAGCAAUUCUUGGCCAUAGAUCAGCACAUUCCUUUCCGAUAGGACCAGUAAUAGCAGACCCCUUCAUUUCUCCUUUGGGAUUCACAAUCACUCCAGCAUUAUCUGCAAGUACAUGAAGACACCGUCCUUUCUGCGCCAGGGCUUUCGCUGCCUGACAAUGACGGCAGGCAUCACCUUCUUCCUCAGCUCCGGCUUCCCCUUCUUCACCGUGGCCAUAACCAUAUCCCCAACGCAAGCAGACGGCAAUCGGUUGAGUCGACCCUUGAUUCCCUUCACGGAGAUUAUGUAGAGAUUCUUCGCCCCGGUGUUGUCGGCACAGUUCACCGUCGCCGCCACCGGCAGACCGAGGGACAUUCUGAACUUGUUUCCGGCGCUCCCACCCCUCCCUCGCUUCGACAUCUUCUCCGGCCGCCUCCUACUCCUUGCCCUUCCGCCUUUGUGUUCCUCUCUGCUAUUGGAGAGACCAAUUCCGGUGUU